GUAGAGUUGUGACUUCAAAAGGUGCGGGAAGAGUGAGGGGGUGGACGGGAACGUCCUAUUCGAGUGGACGAGAGUAUGUCGAGUCUAGCAUCUAUAUGAGGGAAUGUCCUUCGGAAGCUCAACGUGAAGAUACUUGGUCGUACCAAAGCAAGGUACAAAUCAGUUAAGCGAAGCUUACCCGUUUCCUACUUCGUGGCCGAAGCGAGGUGGUGUGUUUUUGUUGAAAAAAGCAUUGUCCAGUAUCAACCACUGGCCAAGUAAAUGGUUAUACGAAUAUCAAAGAUUUGCAUCGGUAGCUUCGUAUCCAUUGAACUCUUACCUAUCUGGUUGGUUCCCUCUUUAUGUACCUUUUCUGUACGGUGCGUUGACUCGCUGGCAGAUUAUUAGUCCUUGUAAAUGGGAAACACGAGAUAUACGACAUAUACGAGCUUUCAGGACUCGGUCUCCUUUCUCUGUCGUCAUGGUUGGUGUAGCAACUGAUGAGGAAUGCUGAAAAAUUGCAGAAAAGACUCGAAGACUGCAGCAACCAUGCACGAAUUCCAGCAAUCCUGUGAAGCCCAUCCCGUGCAUCUUAGUAUCACGUGAUCGACACUGUUCGUGGAAGUGCCCAUGGUGUGCUUCAGCCAAACCACUCCAAUUCCUCGAACAUCAUUAUUACGGCCAAAGAAUAAUCUUGAAGAACAAGGACGGGCUGACAGCUUCGACCAACGGCGACGGCUGAUGGCUGAAGGAGGUUUGAACUAAAAAUCCUGUCUUCUUGAAGAAGUGCCAUACUAAAGGUCGGAGAAUGCGAUAAGCUUGUUUGGAGAGGAGAUAAAAACAGGAAAUAUUCCUGCACCACCAAGAAAGCUAAGAGCGACUCCAGCAAGCUUGGUGGGUGGAAGCGCACAUGCGGACAUGAUGAUAGGAGAGGAGAGUUGGGAGGGGAAAGUAUAUAUUGUAGAGAUGACAUGACGCCAAUGUUUUAUGUAUUGGUCAGAGCAGAGUGGGCUGGGAAGAGGAAGAGGAAGAGGAAGAGGAAGAAUUGAGGUUGAGCUUUAAGUCCAUCUCCAAGUCUCAUGUGCAUGCUCCUCCUGCCUUCGAGUUUUACGAUUCGAUGGAGAAAGCGAGCAGUGCAGUCCUCACCCCAAUCCAGUCAUUCUUUCUCCCCAGCUGUCAAUUGAUCAUCCUUACCUUGCAUGACCAGCCGUCCCGUCAAAAAUAUCUAUCUUCCUUACAUCACUCUCCUCCAUCUCCAUCUCAACUCCAUAUCUCUCUCCUCCACCUCACCCGCACUUCCACCCGCACCCCUAUCCACCUUGCAAAAAUACAUUCUCACUAUCAUCAUCUCACCACACCCAGGCUGAAAAGUCAUCGAUCCCCCGUCCCAGGGCAAAUAAAUUUACUUAAAGACAGCGCGGCGAUUCGUCAACGGUUCCUCCGUGCCGCACUUUAUCCGACCUAUCAGCAGCCAAUCCGGUGGUGCGACCCCCGUUUUAAUCUCGAACGUGCAAUCUUAGCGCAGGAAUUACAUUCAGGGGCAAGCACCAAUACCGCCGGGCCCAGAGCGAACAUCCAGGGAAGGAAGGACAGGCUCGACAGGCUCAACAGGGCAGAAAGUUGGAAGGACUACUACUGUACUGCCUGGAGGAAGAAGGAUUGAAGCAUCAUCCCAACCCUAAUCAUCCUCCUCCUCCUCCUCCUUCUUCUCUUCCGUACGGACGACUUCUUUCUUGUUUUGUCACUCACUACCCGCCUACCCAAUUCACAUUACUUCAAUCCUACCCACGUCUCUCUUUUUACAUCCACGACUCGACUCUCCAGCCCAUACUCUUAUUCUUCGAUUCGACAAUACAUCCCCUUUCCACGGCCUCUGCGGCAUCGAACUCGAAUUAAUCGACUAAUAGCAGUAAUCAACCAUCAUCAAUCCUUCACGGUCGUUAUAAUUAUAUUUUCUUCUUCUCCAUCUUCUCUUCUCUCGACACUGCCCUCGACCGCUUGUUACAGAUCCCGCGCGGCUUUGGCGACGACUUUUCCAUCCCGUCAACACAUCAGGGGUCGUCUCAUUACCAGUUGAAACAGCAGUCCGAACCUUCUUCACCGACAGCCUGGUGACAGAUACGGAAACCAGACGAGACAAGCACAAUUGAUCAGACCGACGAGAUCACCAACCGCCAAGAUAGCUACCUUACAGAGAACCCUAAUCAGCCCCCCAACAACGCUCUACGAAGAUGCGAUGACCUUCACCGAACAUGCCGGCCUCCCCUCGCCCAUGCCAGGCUCACCUCCCGACCUGACCGGGUCCAAGUCCUCGAAAUCCUCCUCCUUCCACUCGUCCUACCAGUCCGACAACAGCAUCCUCUCCGACGUGGGCAACUUCGAAGAUAUCGGACUGGACGACGAAUCGAGGUCCGAGGCAGAGAUUGGGACAUUCGAGGUCAAGACCAGCAGUAAUCCGUACGAUGCCUCCUUCACCACAGAUCUACGGAACACAGCGAACUCGAGGAAACGUGUGCCAAUGUCUGCAACUAAUGGCAACCGAGUGCAGCGGGAAUUGACUGCUGGGAAAGGCAGACCUUCAUACCCCAGCCUGCGUGGACAGGUCCGGAGUGUGACAGAUGGAUUGGGUCUACAACCUUUACAAAAUGGCAUGCGGAGGGGACUGUCAAGUCCCAGCGCACCGUCUCUGCCAAUGAUGAAACGAAACCGAAGUUCGAGCCCGAAUAUAAUGCGAAAUGCUAGCUAUAAUCUUUCUGCAACUACCCUGAAAACGAGGAGAGGGAGUUGGCAGGCUAAUAGGGAGAGGAAGACUGCUCAGCAGUUGGAAUUGGAGUGUGAUGAGGAUGAUGGGGACGAUGUCCCCGACGAGUGUUUCCUGGAAAAUGUACCGAUCUCGCCCCGACCCCUGAAGGAGCGGACGAAGAGUACGUCAACAUCUGCAGCAACGAGUCCGGAAAGGCCGCCAAAGGAAAGGGUGAGGAGUGUAGGGAAUGGGACAUCACCAAUACCUGCUGAGCAAGGAGAGUUGCGUUCUCCGAGGACAAACAUGCAUCGGAUAGUGACCAUGGGCCAAAUGCCUUUUAAUCAUGAAUUCAAGGGCAGAGCCAAGAGCUGGACUGCUGCCCUGUUGGAAUUGAGUCCGGAAGCCAAAGCUUUGACAGAAGCAUUAGAAGCACAUGCUGAAGAUGUGGAGAAUGAUCCCAUGCAAAGGAGGAGUUUCAAUACAAAGAGCAGGCCGGUUUUGGAGAAGCAGAGGGUCAAAUCUGCCAUUGCGGAAUUACCACCUCUAAGGAGGACAGACAUCAUGAUUGAUCCCCUGCCAAUCUCGAAAGAGAAGGAGGCAGUACUAUCCCGGACUCGACCGUCGUGGCUCCCACCGAAGAAUCCCGCAGAAGAGAAGCGCCAUCUCAAGGAAUACCAGAAGAUGAUGGCGUCUGCUCUGGAAGCAGAACGGAAGAAAGAGGCUCAGAACAAGGCAAAGACAACAUGUCGAGAUGAUACUGCGAGUUCUCUUCUGAGGAUAUGGGAAGAACACGUCUUGCCAAACUGGGAUGUUGUUACUGCACAAAAGAGGACAAGAGAACUCUGGUGGCGAGGAAUAGCUCCUAGGAGUCGAGGCAUCGUGUGGGAAAAGGCCAUUGGCAAUCAACUCGGUCUGUCAGAUUCCUCAUAUACUGCUGCUCUCCGCAGAGCACAGGCUUUGGAGAAGACGAUCAAUCGAGGUUCCCAAUUGAGUCCUGAUGAAGAGAAGAAGAAGGCUUGGUUGGAUAGAAUCGAGAAGGAUGUAGCGACCACCUACCGCGAGCUGCGGAUCUUCCAACCAGAUGGACCUCUUCACAGCGCACUAUUGGACGUGUUGAAGGCAUAUGCUAUGUACAGAAGCGAUGUUGGAUAUGUACCCGGGACAAGUACAAUAGCAGCCCUAUUACUCCUCAACCUCCCCACGCCAUCAGCAUCCUUCUCCGCCCUCUCUAACCUCCUCAACCGCCCCCUUCCCCUCUCCUUCCACACCUCCGACUCCGGCGCCAUCUCCCGCACCUACGCCCUUUUCACUUCAACACUCAAACUCAAAUCCCCACGUCUAGCCAAACAUCUCACUUCUCUAGAAAUUCAACCCUCAUCCUACCUAGCCAAUAUGUUCACCUCUCUCUUCACGGAGAAUUUGAAUCUCGAUAACGCGACGCGCCUUUGGGACGUUAUGGUCUUUGAGGGCGAUGCGGUGCUUGUGCGUGCUGCUGUUGCGUAUAUGGUUGAGCUUGAAGGGAAACUAUUCGGGGCGCAGAGUGAGCGGGAGGUUUGUGAGGUUGUUGGGAAGGGAAUUCUGGAUUUGAAGGAGGAUGCUUGGAUGGAUGCUGUGAGGGGAGCGGGGAAGGCUUGAUGAGUGAGAGUGGGUAGUAGGAUUGAGGAACGAAUGAGCGAGGUGCUGACUGUAGCUUCUCGAAGCUUGGAGGAAACUAGACAGUGCAGCGCAGUGCAGUCCUGAUUUCUUGUAUACAGCAAGCGACGAAUGGAUGAGAUGAGAUGAGAUGAGGCGGAGUAACCUCCCCCUCCUGCGCCUUCACCUCCAUCUAACCGCCAGAUGAUUGGGUGGUGUAUAUGUGUAUAUAUGUCAGCUCCCUCCAAUAUUUCUCAAUGCAUGAAAGGAGCGGGAGUCUGGAGAGGAUGGAGAAGAUGGAGAAGAUGGAGUACCUAUAUAUAUAUAAGUUUGUUUGUUUUGGAGAAUCGCAGCGUCGGGAGGCCGCCAUGCGAUGUGAUUUGGAAUGCUGUUGAGAGGAGAGGAGAGAGGAGAGGAGAGGAGAGGAGAGGGAGAGGAGAGGAGAAGGAGAGGAGAGGAGAAGGAGAGGAGAGGAGAAGGAGAGGAGAGGAGAGAGGGGAGGAGUUGAGAGGGGAGGUUUAUAUGAGUGAUUGAUUGAUUGAUUGAUAUAAUGUAUUGUAUAUAUUUGUGUUUGUGUAUAUGCCUAUGCCUAUGUACAUGUAUAUAUUCCGUUGUUGGUUGGUGUUUAUAUAUUCAAGUACCUUUUGAAGAGAAGAGACUCGAAAUUGUUUUGCCUGAAUUUUAAUUUGAAAUAAGCUAAGAAGAUGUUAGAUGUUAGAUGUUCUUUGAUGUUGGUGACUCGGUGGUGAGAGAUUUGAUUGUGAUUGUGAUUGGAG